CUUAUCGGAUGACAAGAACACAGCGGUGGACAGAGCUGCCAACGAACAACUAUUAUUCUCAAGGAUGAAAGAGACACAGUUUGCAGUAGCUGCUAUAAUAUCCCUAUUUAUUGCAUGUGUGGCUGCACAAUCCUCAAGAGAAGGAGAAUGGAAGUCUUUGGGAAACCCAUACAACAGAGACCUGUUUUUCAAGUUUUUGAAAUCUUACAUCACUGGGAGAGGCACUCACAUGGUUAACCCCGGCCCCAAGGAUAAGCUUGUCAAUGACCCGAGAACCAACGCAGACUCCAAGUACAGCAACCUUCAGCAACUUUUGGACAACAAUGAGAUUGCGGACAUAUUGUAAAGCUCUGAUGUGUGGCAUUAGGUGGC